AUGUCAGCCGCUUAUAUUUCCAUGUUUCCCGAAGCGACCGAGGCCCUGGUACCAGCAGAUGCCGCCGUCAACUGCCUUAAAUCCAUACCUGUGGAUGUGGAAGAAGACAAGGCAUUGAUCGAAGAGAUAACCCUCUUCACAAACUGGAUCUCCAAUCUUGGCUAUCUCUCGAAUCCUCCCAAGGGUUAUCCAAACGAGCGAAUAGACCUAAGUGGGGAGUUGAAGCGACUCCAUGAUGAGCUGGACAAGGGCACAUACGAGGACGAAUACACGUUUCAGGUCGAUCUGAAAACCGCGUUUGACAGAACUUACGAUUUCCAUACGUUUUGGAUACCCGAUAUUCUUAGUGUGUUUACCUUCAACCGGGGAAAUAUUGGCGAGGGUCUCAAUGACGAGUUUGCGGUGGUGUCGGUAUCUACUGAUGGGAAAUCCCUCCCUAAGAUCUAUAAUUAUUAUGAUAUCUUGGUCGCUGACAGCGAAGGCUGGACGCCAUCGCCAAUCGUCAAGAUCAAUGACCAGCCAGCUGAAGACUUCCUCAAAGAUUGGUCAAAGCAGUUCCAGUACCUUGAGGAUCACGCCCGCUACAACAAUUUAUUUCCCAACCAACCCGAUCUUGCAAGAGGAAUCACCAGGAACCAAUUCGGCACGAAUCGGAUCUUUACUGGCGAUACCACUAAGGUCGAGCACGAAAAUGGUACCGUCCAUGAGUUGAUCGGCAAUGCUGCUAUUCCUCUGAACGCCCUGGACGGCGUAGAUGAUGCACAGUCGUUUUUUGACCGAUUUCUGAAUCUGGGGCCACCUCAAACAACCCAAGGCGGGUUAAGAAAGCGUGGAGCUGCGUGGAGGGACGAGCAGCUUCGCAAGAACGCAUUGGCGACCAAGGUCAAGCGACAACUUUCCGAGCCAACGGCAACGGGAUACCCAGUCCCAGUGAUGCUGCAUAGCGAAGCGGUAAUCGGAGGCUACUAUCUUAGCGGCCAAGGGUAUGACAAUGUUGCCGUUUUGAGUAUCCCCUCGUUUCAGCCUACCAGUGACGCUGGAGUUGAGGAGUUCCAGGACCUAAUCGGGCAGUUCUUGGAAAGAGCUUCGAAAGCAGGCAAGACACGUCUCGUGAUUGACCUGCGUGGUAAUGGUGGCGGUUUUGCGAAUUUGGGAUAUGAUCUUUUCAAACAACUCUUUCCAGAGGAAGACCCCUGGGUCGCAACGCGCUUCAGAGCGAACGAAGCGUUUGACAUUCUUGGCCAAUUCCUGGAAGCCGCGCUGCAGGACGUCACCUACGAAAUUGCACUUGCAGACUUCAAAACCAACGGCCUUGACGGUAACAUUGCAUUCGCGUACCAGACGAUGUUCAACUACAAGGUCCCCCUGACCGUCGACGGCAAGAAUUUUACCUCAUGGGCACAGUAUUUUGGUCCUCAUGAGGUGAACGGGGACAAGGUCACAACUGUUGCCCGCAAAGACUUCAAUAAUUUCUUCUCGGAUGACCUCGCCUUUGAUGUUACUGGUUAUGCAUCGCGCGCCGGUAAACUCAAGAAGCAGUUCUUCAAAGGUGACUCCAUCGUCAUGCUCCAGGACGGCGGUUGUGGUUCCACCUGCGCCUUGUUCGCAGAACAAGCGAAGAUGCAAGGAAAAGUGCAACAAGUCGUUGUAGGCGGUUUGCCCGAGACGGGACCAAUGGAAGGCGUGGCCGGCAGCAAAGGAGCCCAAGUGCUAAACUACCUCCAGAUUUGGACGACGGCAAGCCGACCUUACCAGUUUCUGCAGGAUCAACAAGAGGCGCUGAACCGGACUGAGCUCGGGCGGUUGAUCUUUGCGCAACGCCCCUUCUAUCGCGUUGCGUGGGCGGAUGCCAACACCCCGCUGGCGAAUGUGAAUAUCCGCGAUAAUAUCCGCAAAGGCGACGAGUCGGAGACUCCUCUCGAAUUCGUCUACGAAGCUGCCGACUACAGGGUCUUCUACACUGCAGAGAUGGUACGCAGCCCUGAAGCUGUUUGGAAGAAGGCUGUCGAUGCACGAUGGGGCGACUCAAAGCAGGUAUCCGUCGAGGGGAGCACUGGUCAUCCUUCCUCUCUCAGCGGUGGUCUUGCCACUUCCCCCAAGAAGAAGGGAGCGGCGUCCAAUGCCACAAGCGGCCUCAACAGUGCUUUCGUAGCUGCGCUGGCUGUUAUUGUGUCGGUGGUUGUAAUGGUAUAA